GCCGACUUUAUACAGACAACACUUUCAUAGUCGUGCGACUGUUGUUGUCGACAACGUUGCCGGCGACGAUAUUUUUAGGCUGUCUAAAGAAGAUCAAAACAGUCGUGCGAGGGUUUUCCUCGAAUCAUCGUGCGACCACCUCGGACCCGGUCGCGCGACCCUUCAGCGGGGGGCCCGCGUUGAUUUUUCCGCUGUCUAAAGAAAAACGUUGCCGGCGAUGCAAGCUGGAGGUCAUGGGUCAUAUGUUAAUUAGCCUGCGCACGCCAUUUCCUGUCCCCAAACGUGGAAAACUCCCGCCAUUUUGUUGUCUGAGGUCGUGUUUGUAUUUGCUGUUUAUUCGCUAUUAUUUUCCGUCUAGGAGGCCGUUUUGCUUUAGAUUUUUACUUUUUAUCUAACGUAAGUAGGUAGAAUAUGGCCGAAGGCCACGGCAGGCUAUGGGGAGUGGAGGAAACGCGGUGUUUGGUCGGACUUUGGGGAGAACUGGAGGUUCAGAAAAAAUUCGACAACUUUCGCAGCAAACAAGCUAUGGAGAAGAUUGUCCGCGGCAUGAGCGAGGCGGGAUUUGAGCGCACCCUCAAGCAGAUUCAGACAAAAAUGCGGGACAUGCGCUACAGGUACCGAAAAGCAAAGAGAGACAACCAGAAGAGUGGGGCCGGCCCGUCAACGUGCCCGUUUUAUGCCGAGCUGGACAAGAUGCUUGGGGACAGGCCUGCCACACUGCCCCACCACAUCGUGCAAACCAACUUCAGCUCAUCCUCAGCAUCAGAUACAGAGUCAGGUGAAGAGGAUGGGGAGAAUGAAGCUGAUACAGCUGAUGAUAGGCCCGUCACUCCACCCUCUGACUCUGUUGCUGAUAGCACAGGUGAUGAGAAUCUGUCCUCUUCAUUGCUCAGCAACGGAAAUGAGGAGGACAACCUAUCUGCUGAAACCCCGAGGUCGAAAGGGAAGAAGAACACCCCAGGUGGAAAAGUGAAGUACAACUCAGGGGGAAAAGGCAGUGCAAGCAAAGACAGUGCAGGCAAAGACAGUGCAGGCAAAGACAGUGCAGGCAAAGACAGUGCAGGCAAAGACAGUGCAGGCAAAGACAGUGCAGGCAAAGACAGUACAGGGAAAAGAAAGGGAACAGGAUUUACCAAGAUUGAAAGGAACAAGAAAAAAACCAGGUUAGACAACCAGUGUGAAGGACUGCAUAAGGCAAUGUCAGCUGUUCAAACUGAGGGCUUCAAGCAGCAAGAAGACAUGAUGAAGAAGAGGGACCAAGGCUGGAAGGAUCAUGACGUCCACGUGACGAAGAUGCAACAGGAGGCGGAUCGAGAUAUGAUGGCUGGGAUGAUGGGCCAGUUUAUGGGCAUGAUGGGCCAGUUCAUGGCCAUGUUUGGCCAGGGGGCCAUGCCUCAGCGGGCCCCCUUCCAGCAGGCCCCUGGGGCCAUGCCUCAGCGCCCCCCCUUCCAGCAGGCCCCUGGGGCCAUGCCUCAGCAGCCCCCCUUCCAGCAGGCCCCCUUUCAGCAGGCCCCUGGGCAGGCCCCUGGGGGCAUACCUGAGCACCCUCCCUUCCAGGGGUCCCCCAGAAAAUGA